AAAAAUUCUUGAUAAGAAAAUAAAGGACAAAAGGAAGAAAAGGCCGUGGUCGACUGCAACGAUGUAGUUCAAGCCGAAUGUCAACACCUCGAGGUCAUAUCCAGCGGCGACCACUGACCUGGGCUAUCUCUUAUGUCUCAGCUACCCGUCGGCGGAUGAUCACCACAGCCGAAUAAUGACACUCACAAAAUAACUCUACAAUAGCGGUCAUCCGUCCUGGGCCCAUCUUCAAACCCUCAGACCCUGCAGUGCUAUUACACCUUUCCCAUUCAAAACAGGCCCGGGGACCUGUUUCGGGGGGGCUAAAAUUAGGGUCACCCGCCCGUUUGGGUCGCUGCUCUCAUGAGCCCUGCGGCGCUAAUUGUUGUCCUUAACAAAAACCAUCAAAUCAGAUCCCCGGAAUCGACCAACAAGAGCUGCUUCCGACGUUUCGUUUUGGAGAAACCCCAGCGGCGCAGGCUGGCGCAUUUUGCCAUGCAGAUGCAUUGUCUACCCCGGACUUUUUGUUGACAAAGGGCUGAAACGGGGAGCGGGCCGUUUUAUGAGUGGCUUGUUGGCCAGCUUUUUGAGGCUUGGGGUGAGAUGUAAUUUCAUGCGGGAAGCGAGUGACGUGCAGAUGGAUGAUCUUCAGUGGAUCUGGGCCUAAAACGACCUGUUUAAAGAUGGGAAUGUCAACUUCUGUGCCUGAUCCCAAGGUCUGUACCUUGUUGGAAGUUUUGGUGCGUGUCGUUGUUGGCUUGUGAUCAAUGUCAUGAGUGCAAUGUCUUGGCCAAGCAACGUGGGGUCAUCAGACCAACUUGAGCCCUGAGAUGUUGAGUAGCAAUCAUAUAAGCUGCAAUAGUAAAAACACAAACAACAACAAAAGACAGGGCGUGUGGUUUAGUGGUACGACGUCUCAUUUGCAAACAAUGUUCUCUCACUGAAGCUGUUGCAAGACAGAUGGAAGGGUUUGAAUGAGACAAUGCUCUAUGUGAAGGUCCCAGGUUCGAACCCCGUUGGGACCUCCCUUGAUGACUUAGGAGGCCCUGACUCCAGCAACAGGGCAAACAGCCCCAGCACUAGCAUGGCUCACGUCAGGAUGCCCAUGCAGCUUCCCCUUGUGGUGGUCAACCCUCGCCUUGGUCACCGGGCAGAUAGCAUCGCCUGCCUUGCCCUCAGUGGAAGGGUGAUCGGGAGGGAGAACCGUGGUGGCAGUUCCUACGACAGGGCAGACCUGAUCAUCCAUUUGCUGGCUCUUGGGCUCGUUGACGAGCUUGCCCGUCAAGACGGGGCAGGCAUUCGCAUCGUCGUGGUUGUGCUCGGCGGAGAGUCCGGGGUGGGGAACUUGAGGAUGCUUGUGAAGGUUGUGGUGGUGGUCCGUUGUAGCACCGACGACAGGGCAGGUCUGGCCUGGCUUGUUCAGAUCGAUGUCUGGGUGCGAAGGGGGCAGAGUGGUGUUGGUGGUUCCAACGACGGGGCAGUUCAUUGUGGUUGA